CAAAGGCUGAUACCUAUAACAACGAUCACCACCAGCGCCAGUCAGUUGCUGUCAUUCCAUCGAGAGAUGAGCGCGAGCGCACCGGUAACUGUCGAAAGUUUUAAACGGUGCAGUCUUUAUUUAUUGCCAACACUUUGGGUUUGAGCGCUUUCGAAGUUGUGGUAAAUGUUACUACUGCGUAUUGUAUGUACUACGCUCCAUGUAGACAUCGACAUACAUACCUGUAAUAUGUACAUAUACUAACUCUUAAGUUUGUCAAUAAAGUGGAAUUCUUAUUUGCGUAUGGCUUACAUCGCUAAAAUUUGAUUUGACUGCAUGUCGGUGUGAUAUAUUUUGAUAAUUUUUGAAAUAAAAAAGUGAGUUUUAUCAAAAGAAAGCUAUCAACGUAUACAUAUAUCUACGUAUGUAUCUACAUGCGUACGUACAAUUGAUUGUAUGCAUGACUUUAGUCUUUUCUGGUUGAUCGCAUAAAACAAUUUGUGAAACUCAUGGCGAGAUAGCGGAGGAAAAAACGUGAAAACAGGUUAAAUGAAAAUUGGAUUAAAGUUUUAAUUACUGUCAAUUCGAACAUAAAAGUUGGAAGCAAAUAAUAUUAUAUAUAGUAUGUUUUAAAGUUAUUAAAAAACAGCAGUACAUAAAGCUCAGUGAAUGCUCACGAAUGCAACGGUGUAACAGGUAGUCGCAACCGCAACACCAAUAGCAGAGAUAGAGGAAGACGAAAAUUGGUAGCUGUACAACCUGCAAAGACAAUAGAAGAGCGAAAAAUUGGGACCGGAGUGGGUCAUGAAAGGACACAACGGUAGCAAGUAAUAGCGAAUGUACACAGAGACGUAUAGAUGACAUAUGGGCGAAGAUAUACAAAAUUUUAGAUAUAUUCAAGCACACUUGUGUCUAUGCAUAAAAUUUGUUAAAUUAAGGAAUAAGCGCAGAUUGGUAAUCAUUCCAACUAUAAAGAAAUACUCAAAGCUACAAAUGCAAAAGGACAUCGAAGGAAAAUACUUUCUGUGACCUUAUAUAUUAGCCCGAUAAAAAGCCAAAAGGCCAUUACAAGGUGUACAAAGACCAAUGAUGCAGGUUCCAGAAAAUUUGGUAUCACUAUAUAUUGCAACUUGUGGACAAAAUGGUGCGGGGCUGGGAGCGGAUGAAAAGGAAAUAAUAUUGCUGGUAUAUGUUAUCUUGGAGGCUAAAAGUGGAAAGAUUAUUGGAACAAAGCAGCUGCUAGUGCGACCGGAUGGUAAUUUUGCGAAGGAUCGCACUGUUUCUGGUUCGUCGGAAGCAUCUUUAGUUGCGGGAGCUUCAUCUCCUCCGCUUGCUUCACAGCAUGCCGAUGUAAUUAACAACAAUACCAGCAUUAGUAAUACCAACACAAUUGGGAAAAAUGUUUACAACAGCCCAAACACAACUCUACUAAUUACUAACAAUAGUACCGCGAUCACAAAUGGAUCAACUACGGCUGGCACCAAUUUGGCGGCAGUAUCCAUUACUGCAUCUUCUACUGCGACUGCUACACCAACUCUUGAAGCAAUUGAAUUACCUAUAGCCGUAGCCCAGGCGACGGGAAAACCGCUUCAAGAAGCCAUCGACGAGUUUGAUGAAUAUUUACGCUCUCUAACACUAAAUGCCGAUGACGUCGAUAACAUCAAAAUUAUUACCGAUGGGCAGCUACCGUUGCGCCAAUGCCUGCAUCGAGAGGCAUGUGCCAAAGACAUCAGGCUUCCACAGUACUAUAACCGUUUCUGUGAUCUCCGCAAAGAAUUCCUGAGAUACAAGUCCGGCGAUUUAUCACGCGCUCUGGUCCCCGUAAAAGACAUAAAGAAAAUACUCCAAUUACCGACUGUUCCAGCGCCACAAAGUAUCGGCGAAAUGAUGAAAGAAUUGAAUAUUUCCAGUAGCGAAGAGCAGGAGUUUUAUAUUAAAGAAUCUCGCGAUAUGGUCUCAGUGAUACAAAUUUUGCUCAAAAACGGUCAUAAUUUUACAACAAACGAAGUUGUUACUCUGGUUCUUGAACCAGGAAUUUGCUCAAUUGACGACGAAAUCGACGGAAAUUGUAUUGUUCGUGCUCGGGGCUUGCCUUGGCAAAGCAGCGAUCAGGAUAUCGCCAAAUUUUUUCGUGGUUUAAACGUUGCCAAGGGUGGAGUAGCUCUGUGCCUUUCCCCUCUCGGUCGACGCAACGGGGAAGCUCUUAUUCGUUUUGUAUCGCAAGAGCAUCGCGACAUGGCAUUAAAACGUCACAAACAUCACAUUGGCAGUCGAUACAUUGAAGUUUACCGGGCUACGGGCGAAGAUUUCUUGGCCAUUGCUGGCGGAGCCUCCAAUGAAGCACAGGCUUUCCUUUCUAAAGGCGCGCAGGUCAUAAUACGCAUGCGAGGCCUACCAUAUGAUUGUACAGCCAAACAAGUUUUGGACUUUUUUACCACGGGUAAGGAUCCCUGCAAUGUUCUUGACGGCAUUGAAGGUGUGUUAUUUGUAAAAAAACCAGAUGGCCGCGCUACUGGCGACGCCUUCGUGUUAUUUGCUAACGAGUCUGAUGCACCCAAAGCACUUUCACGACAUCGCGAAUCAAUUGGUCAGCGUUAUAUAGAAUUAUUCCGUUCCACAACAGCAGAAGUUCAACAAGUGCUAAAUCGUUCAAUGGAUCCAAGAAACUAUGAAGCUAGCCAUCAGCCACCUCUGAUAGCCCAAUUGCCGGCAAUGCCAUUAUCGCUCUUGCCUCAGCAUUUGAUAACUUCAGGCACCACAAAGAACUGUAUACGAUUGCGUGGUCUACCGUACGAGGCACUUGUCGAGCAUAUUCUUCAUUUCUUGGAUGAUUUUGCAAAACAUAUUAUAUAUCAGGGUGUCCACAUGGUUAUUAAUGCUCAAGGCCAGCCGAGUGGCGAGGCUUUCAUUCAAAUGGACUCAGAGGAGUCAGCUCGCCUGUGUGCUUCACGCAAGCAUAAUCAGUUUAUGAUGUUUGGUAAAAAGUAUCGAUACAUCGAAGUGUUCCAGUGUUCCGGGGAUGACAUGAAUAUGGUCCUGAAUGGUGGCCUACAGUCGCCGAUCGCCGCAACACCUCAUUCCCAUCAUCCAGCUGCAGCUAAACAGACAUCGUUACUCUCACCGGGUAUGUUACCUCAAUCGUCGCCGUCCAACGCACAAGCAAUUAGUUUCCAUACGCAUGCUCACGCCCACAAUCAUGGUCAUACUCAUGCUCACGCACACACUCACGGUCACAAUCAGGGUCAUAGUGCCCACAUACAACAUGCGCACGCGCAUGCAUUGCAAUCAUCACCAUCAAUGGCGGCAGCAGUUGCUGCGUUAACACAGCAACAACAUGUUGCACUAUCUCCAACAAAUCCACAAUCAGUGGCAGCUAUAGCAGCUUCUGCAGGUGGUUUAUCACCUUUUAUGAAUGCCACAGUCGGCACACCAUCGCACUCUGCUCAGCAUCAAAGCAUAGCAGCGCAAUCAAAUGCGGCUGCUGCCGCUGCUGCUGUUGCUGCUGCAGCCGCGCAAAAUGCAGUUGCCAUUGGUGGUCUGGGAACGCCACAAACUUCAACUCUACAAAUGGCAACGAACGCUUCAACUGGCGUUAGCGCGCAAACACCAACUAUGACUGCAUACCCAUUCAAUUUUUCCCUUCCACCACCGCAGAUGACUAUGGCCACAAAUCCAGCACUCAUUGCUCAGCAACAGGCACAAUUUAUUGCGCAACAAAAUUUGUUGGCACGUCAACAGGCUGCAGCUGUGGCUGCUGAGCAACAACAGCAGCAACAAUUGUAUGCAAAUCUUAUGAGUCCGCUGUUGUUUCAACAUCCAUCUGCUGCUGGUACAGCUAAUGUGUCGACACCAAAUGUUGCAGCCGCAAGCCCAGCUGCCAAUCAGCCUCAAUUUGUGCUUAUGCCACGCCCAUUCCCUUUUCAACCAUUUCCAAUGAGUUAUAUCCCACAGGGCUAUCAAUAUGCUGCAACCGCCGCAGGUGUGAGUGGCGCACCAACACCAGCCACUGGUUCUGGCGUCUUACCAAACUCGGCAAUGACGUCAGCCACAACUAUAUCCCAUUCAAUAAAACGAUCAUAUGAAAACGCCUUUCAGCACGAGACCAAUGUCGCGACUGCCGCAAAACGUGCCCUCACACGCCCCCCAACUGCCGGUGGUGUAUACCAGAUCUAUAAUCCAGGUGUUUAAUUGUAUUUUUUAGGAAAAAAGCAACAGGAAUUUAAUGUUACAAAAGAGAAUAAAAGUUAGUCUUCAAAGUGCUCACCAGUUGUUUAUUACUUAUAUUUUAUUCCAAAAAAUACCAAUCUUAAAGCUGAUUGGCAGUUCUUGCUCCUUCCAUAAUAUGCUACAUAAUUUCAACUGUCUUCAGUCGUUAAACAAAUUUAGUUCAAGCUAUGCUUUCCUGUAGAGGGUGACAUGUUUGUAUCGAUAGCGUUGCAUAUAGAAACCCCCAUAAAAUGGUAUGAUUGCAAUAUAACACAUACUAUUUGUAUACAUUCUUAAAAAAUAUCCACACUCUAUACAUACCAUAUGAUUACAUACAUAUGAUUAUAAAUACUUACCCAGACCCACUUCAAUUCAUAGAUAUCUAUUUAAUAAGAACCUUUUUGUUCAUAGAAUUAAGCUUACAAUUGUGUUACACGAUUAUGAUGAUUUCAAACUGAAUAUUUCUAUGAAAAUAGUAGAUAAUUGGAGAAUUUUGAAUUCAAAUUACACUCAAUGUGUAAGGAUUAUUCUGAGCAAUAUAUAAUAUGUAUAUUAAACCAAUAACGGAUUGAGUGACGUUCAAGUUAAAUUCUCGGCAUCUCUAUACCUAUCAAAUAAUUGUUUUCAUCAUUCUAACUAUUUAAAAAUUUAAACAAGGCGAAUCGACUUGAAAAGUUGAAAGAGGCUAGCAAUAUUCAUUAACAAAGUGUUUAAUAUAUUGCCCUAUUUAAUCAUCCUAUUCAUAUACAAUACAUACGCUUGAUAAUGUAAUACAUACAUAUAUAUUUUUGUGCAAUUUAUUUCUAUAAAAGUUUGUUAUAUUCCUUGACGGUCUUUUGUGGUUAAAGGACAAAUAAGUUGUGAACACUUCGUAAAUGAAUAUUGCAAGGUGUUGGAUUUCCACUUGCCUUGAACACAAACUGUUUUGCUAUCAAAAUAAUUCUCAAUUAAACUGGGCUUUUUAUAUUUUUACACUAUUUAUAAAUGCAUUAUUCAGAAUAAUUAAAAUACGAAAUAGCAGCUUCUAGCUUUUAAGAAUUUUACAUUCUGAUAAAUUUUAACCACAAAACAAAAAAAAAAAAAAAACAAACAACUUCGGCUAAGUAUAAACUUAUAAAGAGGUAAUUUUCUAGAAUACCUAGAGUAAAACAAAUUAUGAUUCCACAUAUACAUUUUACUAAUUUUAUAUGGCAAUAAAGUUAUCGCUUCUUAGAGAAAGUAGCUGAAAAGCAGUACAUUGAGAAAUUACCAAGCUUCAAGCACUUAUGUGUACGUAUAUGAGUAUCCCGAUGAAUGUGCAUGCUAACGUACUUACAUAUAUUUAGUCAGUUCGUCUCCAAGAAGCGAUAUUAUUUAAUCUAAGUAUAUACUCUUGAGGAUAAAGCUUAAUAUUUUGUACCUCUAUUUGAAACGUAUUUGCAAUUUCCAAUUAAAGGUCUUUCAUUUGUCUGUUGUCGUUAAUUUUUUUUUAACAAAAUUAAAUAUUUUUGGCAUUAUUUUUGUACCUCUAUAAUCUAUAGUUUAUAAUUCGUAUGUUUUGUUUAACAUUUUUCUUAUGCGUUAAGUUUGCUUGAAUUACUCAGAUGUGAGGUUAACGUAAUGUACACAAGUAUAGAAAAUUAUUGGUUGAUCAGCGUAUAUCUGUAACUGGUGUUAGUCGCAAAUCGAUUUAUGUCUUCUAUCAUCACUAAUUUGUUCAUAAUAUUACUCAAAGUUCCUGCAAUUUUUCUUAUUCUAACAAUAAUUUUUAUUUUGUGCAAUUUUUAUUCUAACGGUAGUAUCUAAUACCUUUACAACUUCUCAGAAGAAAAAUUAUAAAAAAAUUAUGCUUCUAUAAUUUUGUAAUUUUCGUAAUUUAUUUUGUUUUGUUAGAGAAUUCCAAAAUCGUCACCUUGUAUAGAGUUUUAACGAGUUGAUUGAAGGGCCAAACGUGUUAAAGUUUCUUGCGUUCGCAUCUCCAUGAUGUUAACGUAAUAUUAGUGAAAUAUAUAGAAAAUCCGUAUUUCAUUUAAAAGAAAUAGAAGUUUACAAUAAAAAAUCACCAAUUAAUAUAAUGUUUCCAAAUGAAUUUUUCUUGCGGUUUUAUGCAGAUCUCGCCGUGGCAAGAAAGUGUGUGUGUGCAUAUAAUUUCUUGUGUUUCAUUGUUUUCAUUGCGUUUGGCUAUUCUUUCUCUUGUGAUCUUCCUAGUGUGAUCAAAUAAUUUUUAGCGAAGCCCUUUUCUGAUAUUUCUGAUAUGCAUAUCUACACAUACAAGGCGGCCGCCGUAGCCGAAUGGGUUGCUCCGUGAUUACCCUUCGGAAUUCACAGAGAAAACGUUGGUUCGAAUCUCAGUGAAACACCAAAAUUAAGAAAAACAUUUUUCUAAUAGCGGUCGACCCUCGGCAGGCAAUGGGAAAUCUUCGAGUGUAUUUCUGCCAUGAAAAAGCUCCUUAUAAAAAAAAAAUAUCUGCCAUUCGGAGUCGGCUUGAAAUCAAGACGCACGCCACAAAUAGGAGGAGGAGCUCGGCCAAAAGGGUGUACGCGCCAAUUAUAUAUAUAUAUAUCUACACAUACAUACAUAUGUAGGAGUAGGAGUAUGCAUGUGUUGAACGGUGUCUCUAACGACGUGCAUUUGUAAGAACUUAUUCAACUUGGCUGAAUGUAUUGUGAGAAUGGUUUUUCAUAUUUAAAAAUUAUACUUGCUCAAAAGUUCUGUUAGUAGCAUUUAGUUUAGUUUUUCUAUAAACGGGCAUUAAUACCAAAUACCAACAUAUAUAGUAUGUAUUUAAUUGUAUGUAAGUGGCAUAUUAACUAAUUUAGUUUGCAUGCUAUGAGCAUGAAUAUAAGAGUUAUUUUGAAUUAUUCAACUAUAGAAAUUAUAUGGACGUUUAACCGAUUUGCGGCUCACAACUGUUUAUGUGCGUACCUGUUCAAAUAUUUGUAAUAUCUGGCAGAAAUCAAGGACUAAAACAAGCAGCUAUUAGAUAUGGUCCUUACUUUCUGACAUUCCCAGGUGAAAUAGUUGUUUUCCAAGUAGCUUCUUAAGUCUUCUUAUAUACAAGUAAUUCAUAGAUUUCAUACUGCAAGGAAAUGCUUUCAACAUACUAUACAUGCAUAUUUAGCUCUAAAAUUGCACCAGUUUCUUAUAUUAUAACUAAAUGGUAAAAUCUUGUUAAUUUAUCAUACAUAUACAUAUACCAACAUUUAUAUAUACAUAUAUAUUUAUGUGUGUCCUAAGUUUGUAUCAGUCAACUAGUAAUGCUAGGAAAUUGGGUUUUGGUUUAAUGUAUGGUGAUUAUCUUGUAUAUUCAGUUACUCAUGUUGGCAUAGAUAUCUAUAUGCAUUCCUACUUACAUAUGCAUUGGUAUUUACCAUAAAAAAUUGUCCUUUAAUCGGUGCAACGUUAUCGGUUUACAUUUACCGCAUUGAAGUCUUUAUUCGAUUAACUUAAUGAUUAAAAUUUACAAUUUUUAUAUAAUUUCUAAUGGUGAAAUUGAGUUUCAUCACUAUGCCCCUAUUUGCCUACAAAACUGCAGUUCAACAACUCAAAUCAAGUAACAAAAGCUCGAAAUGAGAUUCAAAUAAAACUGUUAAAAUAGGAUCAAAGUUAUUUCCUGCCUUCGGUAAAUACGUACAUAUAAUCAAGACCUAAGUUGCUAGCGACAGAAAAGAAAUACCAUUCAACUACUAAAGUUGUAUGAAAAGCUUUGUUGGUGGAAUCGCUAUGAAGAGUUACAUAAUAAUAAAUAUUAAAUAUUCGUAA